GAAAGAUAUCUGGCAACCUUUAUGGUUCCGUGGCCGUUAUCUUUCACAACUGUGAAUGAAACGACUUCCUACAUUCUCUGUUUAAUCAGUGUCUGCUGCGAGUGCAUUCUUGUACUUUUAGAGGGACUGGAACUUCUUGGUUUAUUUCAGUACAGACAUUGAAAACAGGGUCUUCAGUUCUUCCCUUUCGUAGCAGCCAAAAGUCAAAAUGUAUCGGAUUGUCUCGCAGUCUAUUCUUUUUGUUCUUCUGGUGUGUUGUGCCGAAGGAUUCCGUUUCCCAACAUUUGGGAAGAAGAAUUCAAGAUUUCAGGUACCAUCAUCGCUCUCGCGGCUCAGCCAGUACAACUUGAAGUUCAAUCCUGAAAAUGUCCUGGAUAAGUUGUCUGCAGUUCAAAACAUGAAAAUUGACGACGAACUGAAGAGCAUGUCCCCUUUCCUUUUGAGAGGAGAGCCAGUUUUUGCAAAGCAGGAGCCCAAAUUGUUUGGGAUGUUUAAUUCAGCCAAGCCGGUAUCGGGAAAACUAGGAGCUUUCCACUGGGAAUCCUGUGGGCCUGCCGACCAAACCAUCAACAUCCGCAACCUCACCCUUGGACCUUCACCCCUGUACCUGCCCGGAAAUCUCAAAGUUGGUUUUGACGUGGAAUUUCGCAAGUCCAUCUCUGAAUCAAACAAACUGCAAGGAAAAUUGCAGUUGCAGCUGCAGACCGGAGGGUCAUGGCUCAAUAUACCGUGCAUCGGCAACAUAGGCUCAUGUUCCUACUCCGACCUGUGCAGUCUGUCGCAGCUGAUUCCUGCAUGUCCCCCAGAAUUUGUGGCUGCGAACAUCCCGUGCAAGUGUCCCUUCAACAAGGGUGAGUACAAGCUCCCGGAGAUGUCUGUGGAGAUCGACGCCUCCAUCUUCCUCCCCGGCACCUACAGGGCUCAGGUCACUCUCUCGGACUUGUCCGACGGUCAGCUCGGAUGCUACAAGCUCUCUUUCACCAUCGGCUAGAUAUUUUCGCUCACACUCAGGUUUGGGAGAGGGAAAGUUCGCCAAGGGGAGCUCAUGGCAGUACAAGUGGGAAAGCUUAGCUUACUUUCCUUUCUUCAUAUUGUUAAGAAAUUGUGUUAAAGAUUUUUUUUACUCACAUUUGACACGCAAGUUAUUAGCCUAAAUUUCUAGAUUCUUAAUUAUUAAAAUUUUAUAAAAAUGAAA